AUGGCAGCCACAAUUCAGGCCAUGGAGAGGAAGAUCGAAUCACAGGCUGCCCGCUUGCUUUCCCUAGAAGGGCGGACGGGGAUGGCCGAGAAGAAGCUGGCGGACUGCGAGAAGACGGCCGUGGAGUUCGGGAACCAGCUGGAGGGCAAGUGGGCCGUGCUGGGGACCCUGCUGCAGGAGUACGGGCUGCUCCAGAGGCGGCUGGAGAACAUGGAGAACCUGCUGAGAAACCGAAAUUUCUGGAUCCUGCGACUGCCCCCGGGCAGCAAGGGGGAGGCCCCCAAGUUGCCCGUGACCUUUGAUGACGUGGCCGUGUAUUUCUCUGAGCAGGAGUGGGGCAAGCUGGACGAGUGGCAGAAGGAGCUCUACAAGCACGUGAUGCGGGGCAACUACGAGACACUGGUGUCCCUGGACUACGCCAUCUCCAAGCCCGAGGUCCUCUCCCAGACUGAACAGGGGAAGGAGCCGUGCAGCUGGCGUCGCACUGGCCCCAAGGUUCCAGAUGUUCCUGUGGACCCGAGUCCAGGCUCGGGGCCCCCAGUUCCUGCCCCUGACCUCUUAAUGCAGAUCAAGCAGGAGGGCGAGCUCCAACUCCAGGAGCAGCAGGCGCUGGGGGUAGAGGCAUGGGCAGCCGGACAGCCAGAUAUCGGGGAGGAGCCGUGGGGCCUCAGCCAGCUGGACUCCGGAGCAGGAGACGUGUCUACGGACGCUGCCUCUGGUGUCCACUCCAACUUUUCAACCACUAUCCCACCCACUUCCUGGCAGGCGGACCUCCCUCCCCACCACCCUUCUUCAGCAUGCUCCGACGGGACAUUGAAGCUCAACACAGCAGCGUCCACGGAAGGGUACUCACAGACGGGCCGUUGGUCAGAGAGCUGCCUGAAGGCCACAGCUGGGCGGGGGGCACGGUACAAUCGCAGAUCCACCGGAGCCCGCACCGGGCUUCUGCCCCUUGGCUACUUUGCCGCCAGUGGUCAGCCUCAGGAUAAACCCGUGAUUCGCCUUGAGAGCCAAGGUGAACCCGGAACGUGUCCGGUCCAGGAAGGAGCCUGGGAAAGCCAGGGCAGCUCCUUCCCCAGCCAGGACCCCGUGCUGGGGCUGAGAGAGCCCGCCCGGCCCGAGCGGGACAUGGGUGAGCUCAGCCCUGCGGUGGCCCAAGAGGAGACCCCUCCAGGGGACUGGCUCUUUGGGGGGGUCCGGUGGGGCUGGAAUUUCAGGUGUAAACCCCCCGUGGGCCUGAACCCAAGGACUGGGCCCGAGGGGGUGCCCUACACCACUCCCGACAACGGAGAGGCAGUGCUGGACCCCAGCCAGGCCCCGAGACCCUUCAGUGACCCCUGUAAAUACCCCGGCCGGACAAAAGGCUUCGGCCACAAGCCCGGCCUGAAGAAGCACCCCGCGGCCCCUCCGGGAGGGCGGCCCUUCACCUGCGCCACGUGCGGGAAGAGCUUCCAGCUGCAGAGCCCGGCCUCGAAAGGACCCUUGGCCUCCACAGACCUUGUGACCGACUGGACUUGUGGUCUGAGCGUCCUGGGACCCAGCGAUGGCGCGGACCUGUGA